AUGACACGUCCUUUUAGGGAUCUUGCGGCUUCGAAGCGAAGUCUCCGUUGCAAUAAUGAAUUGUUCAGUUUGGUACAUAUGUUGAAUGAAGGUUCUGCAAGUGCACCUGCUGGAAAAUCACUUAUUUCUCUUGCUAUUGGAGAUCCUGCGGUGGAUGGCAAUUUUCUUCCUCCUGAUGAGCUCAUUAAAAGUGUUGUGGAGGGUGCUAAAUCUACUCUCUGUAAUAACUAUCCCUCUUGUGCUGGUGAAACCCCUGCUCGUGAGGCUGUUGCGAAGUAUUUGAUCGAUCAUUUUGCCCCGAAUAUGAAGGGAAUUAAGAUUCCAUGUGAUAAUGUCUUUAUUUGUUCUGGAUCUUCUGAUGCACUCUCUAUUUCUAUUGGUGUCUUGUGUAAUCCUGGAGAUAAUAUUUUGCUUCCUGCUCCUUAUUUUGCCCAUUAUGGUACCCUAUGUCGUUACUACGACGUUACACCAAAGUUUUACCGUUGCGAUCCUGCGAAAGAGUGGGAAAUUGAUCUUGAUCAUCUGCGCAGUCUCGUUGAUGACAGAACGCGGGCAGUGCUAAUGAAUAACCCAUCUAACCCUUGUGGCAGUAAUUUCAGCCGUAAGCACCUGGAGGAUUUUCUUCGCGUGUGUGAAUGUCAUCAUCUCCCCGUUAUUGCGGAUGAGAUCUACGCUGGCAUGGUGUUUAAGGGUCAAGACCCUAAUGCCGUUUUCACAUCUGUGGCUGAUAUUGACACAAGUGUACCGCGACUCGUAGUGGGGGGAAUCUCUAAGCGAUUCAGUGUGCCUGGAUAUCGCCUUGGGUGGGUUGUAUUGCUGGACCGCGAGGGAUACGCUGCCCGAUUGCCAGAUGCGAUGGAGUGUCUUCUCACCCGCUGUCUUCUCCCCCACAGUGUUCUCAUGCAUGCCCUUCCCAACAUUCUUGCUAACACACCCAAGUCGUACUUUGAGGAGAGCAAUACACGGCUGGAGAAGGGGGCGAUUGCCCUUUAUGAGGCUCUACGGAAGUGUCCCGGUCUUCGCCCCACUCGUCCAUGCGGGGGGAUGUUUAUUGCCGUACAACUUGUCCCUGAAGAACUGGAGGAGAGUGUGCGUAAUGAUGUUGCGUUUGCCAGACGACUGGCGGAGGAGGAAAACGUGCAAGUCUUUCCAGGCGUGGCGUUUAAGAUGGAGAGUGCCCUCCGCAUAACGGUAUCGCGUCCACUGCCACUCCUGAUGGAGGCUGCCAGUCGUAUUGAAGCCUUCUGUCAGAGACACUCUUUGCGGAAAUAA